GAAUAUUUAGUUUUCCAGGUACGUACAAUUCUCUUUUUACAUGAUAGUGAAAUACAGACAUUCGUUCGUAACUUUAUCAAGCAUUGCAUAGAAAUUUUUUGCAUGAUUUAUUGGAAUCUUUCAACAAAUUAUUCAUUUAGCCACAGUGUGCACUUUCAUACGAUAUCCUUCGAUACCUACGUACUACUUGAAAAGAGAAUCGAGUGCACAACAGUAAAUAAGUAUUAGUUUAUCGUUGACUUGCCUAUGGUACUCCAAUAGUCGCCGAACAUCCUUGCGAACAUCGUAGUAGUCCUCGAUAACCACUGGAAACCCUCGCCAAAUUGUUUCACCGAACGAAUUCUGCCUUUCGAUAUUGUCCAUUGCGGUUGCAGCUCACUUUGAAUGGACGAACGCGGUUAUACAGGGUGUCCCAAAAAUGUUGUAACACCUUGAAAGGGAUGGUUCAGGAGGUGAUUUCAAACAACUUUUUCCUUAGCGAAAAUGUUGUCAGAGGUUUGUUGAAGAAAUAUUAACGGAAAACACUGACCAAUCAGAGCGCGAGGAUGCCGGUUGAGCGUAGACUACGCGAUAGGCGGCCGCGCUCAUUGGCUACCGCGAGCGCUCCAUCGGCAUCGUCGCGCUCUGAAUGGUCAGUGUUUUCCGUUAAUAUCUCUUCAACGAAACCUCUGACAACAUUUUCGCUAAGGAAAAAGUUGUUUCAAAUCACCUCCUGAACCAUCCCUUUCAAGGUGUUACAACAUUUUUGGGACAUCCUGUAUUUUACGACUUCUAUGUUUUCCAGCACGGGAAAAGCGCGGGAGAAGUACGAUGCACGAACUGGAUUCAAAACUCUCGCGCAGCAUCGAAAGAUUUGCUCGAAGUGGUUGUCGGCAUGGCCGCCAGUCGUCGCGCGCAACAGUUUCAAGAUGGCGGCGGUCGAGCGACGAGAGCGGCCGAUCGUCGCGCCCUCAGUGUCUCGCGGUUCAUCGAUCAGUGUGGUGUGUUUCGCGUUGUUGCUCCGGUGGAUUUUUUUGGUGGUUUGUUCCUGCCUCUGGGACGUACGCGUUCUUUUUCGUUUGGGUUUCCUGGAGUCGACGCGGUGAUCGAAGCAGUGGGCUCUUGAACGGGCCCAACGGAAACCGGAGAAAAGAUGCAACCGAGGAUAUAUUGGAUUCUGAUCAGCACGGCCGUCAUUCUCGCGGGAUGCAACGCCGCUACCGAGGAUCUACACGAGAAGGAGAGGACGGUGGGGGGAAGUUCGACGUUCAAUCCCAUAUCGGACGACCUCUACCUAGACGACCAGGGCCCUUUGGAGGGUUCUGGUCGAGGUGGCAACGAAGGUCGCGACGACCUUGAAGCAUCCGGUAGCGGCCUUGGCCCUGACGACGAAGACGGCGACGACGAUCACGAUUUCAGCAACAAUAAUAGGAUAGACCCAGUGCCAAACAGGCCAACGGAACCUGGAGCACCAUACUCUGUCGAUGAACCGAUUGUAAAAACUAAAGAACAGACGAUCGUCGAGACUGUAAACCGACCCGACAACGAGGUCGAUGUAAUCGAGCCCUCAGGUGUCGAGGACGACCACUCGGACAACACCGACGAUAUCCACGAGGUUUACAUCAUGAAUCCGAAACACGAGGACCGCGCCAGCUCCUUCUUUGCUCAGCCAGGUGUGCUGGCAGCGGUGAUUGGCGGCGCAGUGGUUGGAUUGCUCUGUGCGAUCCUUGUGGUGAUGUUCAUCGUGUACAGAAUGCGCAAGAAGGACGAGGGAUCGUACGCCCUCGACGAGCCGAGAAGAUCGCCCGCGGCGCAGGCGUUCCCCAAGCCAGGCGCGCCGCAUCACAAUCGAGAAUUCUACGCUUGAGGCGACAAAGCCUAAACUGGCUUUGACACCGCCGAGUUCUGCCCCACGAUGCCACGCCGAGAAAGACGAUGUCCUUCAACCGAAUUAAACGCCGUCGCCGACGACGCAACCGCGGAAUCUCCCACGAGGAUCCCAGCGAAACACCUUCGUCGACCGACCACAGGGAGAUUCCCAUCGAGGGGAAAACGUCACCGCAACCUUCUGUCAUCCUUCGAUCACGCAUUCCCCCUUCUCUAUUCCACCUUAUUGUUUCUCUUUUCCUCUUGCGCAGUACUUCAGAACACCCAACACCAUUCAGUAAUUCAGACACAGUUUUCUUUUAGACAAACACCUCAACAAGCGUUUGUUUAGGCAAUCGAUCACUUUUCGCUGGUGGAUCCUCGGCUUGACUCUACUUUGCAAAUAGGACUUAACAAUGUUAACCCCUUCAGACCUCGUUGCACGUAACAAUGUACAUAAAAUUCAUCGAGUUCGACGAGCGUGAUUCAUUUUGGGUGAUGAUUGUGGAAUACUUCGAUAUGUUUGAAAGGGAAGAUACGGUACUAUACCAUCUAUUUAAUGUAUUACGUUUUUUGUGUUGUUUGGGGUUUCGUGUCAGCAAGUUGCAGUAUGACAAUAUUUUUCGUAGCUUUAAAAUAAAUUGGGUCUGAAGGGGUUAGGCGUCAGGAGUAUUCACCUCCGUUGAGUCGAGCAUCGAUUUUCUUCAAACGCUGGUUUUUUCUGCGUGUGAUCAGCCUUCCAAGUACGACUGUCGUUUGGUGAUCGAAGGAGAGAGGAUGGGUGAUUAACUCCCCCAUCGAGUCCUCGUCGGCAAGGUCGCGCCAAUUCCAGAUGCAUUUACAGCGUAUUCAGAGCGUAUAUGUAUUUAGGCGUAUAUAUACGCCCCAACCCCCUUAUCCCCCUGUACAGGACUGAGAGCGCGAAAAUUCGUGGGCGAUAAACGCUGCUGGUAUAUCGUUAAUCAUUCUGCCUCUGGUGGAAGGAGGGAAGGAAGAAGGAUCGUUGCGCCACCCGUGAUUUCUCUUCGACGCCAAUCCCGUGAACCGCGAACCUCGUUUAUCAACGUUUCCUCUCGCCUAUCCCCCCCCCCCCCCCCGCCCCCGAUCCCUUUUCCUUUUAUUUUUCGUUUCUCCGUUUAACGAGCAUCCAACAACUAACCUAACCCAGACCUGAUUCGCGGGGGCGUCUUUUUAUUUUAACACUUUGACCAAGGCCCUCGACCCGCCGCCGCGUAUUCUCUUUCUCGAGGCCCGGUUCCACGGAGCCCAAAUACAUUUCGUGAAUUCACGAGGCUCGUUGGCGAAACGAAAACGGAAUUCAACGAAAUUCCAAUUUCAAUCUAUCUUCGACAGCUUCUUAUUUUCCAAGGGGUUGGCGAUUCUUCUGGGGAACUAUGUUUCCUAACAUUUCUUUUCGUCUUUUGGACAGUUUCGUAGCGUAUACUCGUGAUCGAUGGUUUGUUGGUAGUUAUAAAAGUAAAUGUAACGUUUCAAGAAGUUUAGAAGUUAGAAGUUAAUAAAGUUUCUCUUGCAAGAAACAUCGCCCGACUGUAGCGCGCCGAAUUUCAUGUAACUUUGCGUAGAGAAUAUUGGUAUUCGAGGAGUGAAAACUACCCCCCAAAAAUCGCGAAUUUUUCGGUGAUAAUUUUCACUAAUUGUCGAAUUGUUUUCAGUGCUCUGUGCGCAACGAUUUAUUUAAUGAACGUGUUACAGUUGGGCGAUGUUCUCUUGUUAAUCGACGACUACGUGCAGUACAUAGGUAAAAUUGUAACUUAAGGUAUUCUUAAUUUUUUAAAGGUCAUUGUUAUUUCUAAGAUACGGUAUAGAAAUAUUGAAUUAUUUAUGGAUUUAUGGAUAGAAUGAAUCUCGCGCGAUAAAUGAUCCCAACGUUUUGGUAAAAGUGAACGAUGUCGAAACACGUUUUUAAUACCAAUAUUCGGCAGAAAGUGUGAACAGUCAAGAAUACAUAUGAAAUUAAGUUGUUGGCAUAAACAAUCAUAAUGUUCCCUCGGUGCAACACCUGAUCAUUAUUUAUAAAUUUCUUUCCGUUGUUACUGUGUCGUUUAAUCGGUUUUUAAUAGGGAACUUAAAAAUCCUAGAAUGGUAUUUCGAAGGUUAGAUAUCUACAAGGGUUAAACCGAAGCCUCGAAACGGGUGUCUUAAAAGAAAGCGGUUGUAUCGAUGCCAUGCACUUAGUGGAUAAAAAUUCAUCGUGCCAUUUUAAGCACUAUAAGUGACAACGUUUUGCGCGACAACCGAUUCCUCUCGCCACGGUCAAAGGAAUAAAAAUGGCCGCCCACCACGACACCUGAAAGAGACAAACGAAGCACAACGCGUCUCCGAUAUCGUUCCCUUCUUCCACCCCUCAAAACUAAAGAACAUCUUGUAUCUUAACACUUUGCCAACCACGCAUUACUCGCGAAUCGCACCUAAUACCUUUGCCGAAUUGAAACUUUUACAACUUCUACAAUAUAGAGAUUGGUAACAUGAAAAUUCAAGGAAGUACGAUUAACUCCUAAGUGAUUGAAAAGAUAUUCAGUAGUAUCUAAGCGGUUUUAAUUUAUCAAUGUUACUGAAACUUAUUUAUUUCUUAAUGAAAUGAUGUAUACACAUUUACGAUAAUUGAUCGGGUCUCGAUAGAUACUAAAAGUCUAACGGCUUUUAAUAUCAAUCUUUGAUUUUAGGUUGGCGUAAACCAACUCCCAAAUCGGUUGGCAACGUGUUAAAGAGAAAGGCUUCUUCUUCUGCUGGUCAAUAGAGAUUCUAUUUGCCAUGGAAACAAAAGACGUUUAAAUUUCCCGCGUGCACGCGGGAUCGUUUCUCGUUCUGACCCGCGAAAGGAACACGUACGCGUGCACGAUACGUGUUUGCUUUUCGUUGACAGCACGCGAAUGCCAUAUUGAAAAAAGCGAGACUAAGAAACGAAGAGAUAUGAAAAGAUUUAAACAAACAAACAAAAAAUGGACACAUACACGUGUAUAUCUAUUUGUUUCAAGAUUUUUCGUCCGCGAUAUUUAUCCCACGAUCGAUCAGUAUCGCGAGGUUGUAAUAAUUUAUUGACUUUUUCACGUAGGACCAAGCGAUUCCCCCCUUCUCUCCGCCCCUUUUUCCCCGGGUCCUUUCUUUUGCUUUCCCCUUCAUUCUUCCAACGACCCUAACGCAGUGGCGUAACCAGGAAUUUUAAGAUCUAUGAUAGAAAAUAACAGUGAAAUUGAAUAAAAUUUUUGUGAUAACUGGACUUCUGUUCGGUAUUUAAUAUGAAGCUUGUACCGAUAAGAUGCGUAUAGUUAAAAGUGUAAUCAGAAAUCGACUGCUAUCUUUUUCUUUUUGUGCAAGUUGAGGGUCUAAAAAAUUAGUUACGCCAUUGUUUUAAGGAUCGUUACUAUGUUCCUGAUUUUUCAAGAUUUUAACAGCGUCUCGGUCACCUCUUCCCAGGUAGAACGCAAAGUAACUGUUUAUUCGUAAAAACUUUUAUAGAGAGACUUUUUAUCUGCGAAUGAAUCCUCGACUCGGAGAAAUACCUUAAACGGUGUAACCGAUCGAGAGAUAGGAAUUGUUACUUUUUUUUUUUUUAAUAUAUUGCGAAUUUAGUCAUUAAUCGAUAUCGUAACAUUAUCGUUAUUCGAAAGUAGCGUACAACGUAGAUUCGAUUGUUAGCCGCGCCAUCCACAAAUCAUUGUUUCGUCACAUUCUCUCCACUUUCGAACGAUGGAAACUCGUAGAAUUUAGCACUAUCUUUUAAUACUUCUUAGAAACGCGAUAUCAAUUGACGUGAAACCUAUCGACGUUUACAUGACAAGAGUAAAAUAAUGGGUGAGGCACCGGAGGAUUUCUAAACGUCGUAAAAUCCUUGUAUAUAUGAUGUUAUGCAGCUAUAAUGUCUUAUAUAUAACGUUAUGUCAUUAUUAAUGUCCUGUGCAAUAAUAAUAUGAAUUUUACGUA